AUGGAAAUUGAUGAUGAUUCAACGGCAAAUUUAAUUGAUGAAGAGUAUUUAGUUCUUAGAGCGAAAAAUGCAUUAAAAUACGAUCCAUACGAAGCUAAAUCGUGGUUAUUAACCGCCCAAACUUUAUUUCCACAUAAUUUUGGAGUUCAGUUUGAAGCCUAUUACAUAGAAAAAACUGCUAGAAAUGUUAAAGAAGCUGCUAAAUGUUUUGCAUCAUUGUUCAGUGCAUUUCCAGAAGAAGCAGAUUUGUGUACGGAAAUAAAAGCGAUAACGACAGCAUUAAGACUUUCUGAAAAUGAAAACGAAUUGGGCGAUUCAAUGCCAAUACACAUGGAACACUGUACAUUGAUGCUUUUACUUUUUAAUAAAUUUCCUCUAACUAUUGUAAAUUAUGGACCUAGACUAAUGGAAAAUUUAAUAACGGCAGAAAAACAUGGACUUCUUCAAAAUAAUCCAGUUAAUUGUUAUAGAAAGUUAUUAGUUUGCGAUUUACUACCGCUUCUCGGUAGUGAUCAAUUAGAACUUCAACCGAAAAGUUUAUAUAGAUUACUUCAUAAAGCAAUUGAAUUUUAUUUAUGUUACUUAUUUAAUAAUAAAAAAAAAGAAGAUUUAGAUAAUUUACAAAUAGAAGAACCAUGGACAAAAUUAUGGGAAAUAAUGUUAAACAUUGGAUCUAAAUUGGCAUGGGAUUUGAGUAUAACAUUCGCUAGUUACUGGAAUAAAGAUAAUUAUUGGACUGCUUUAAUGAAUGCUUACCAAACAAGACCUUCAGCCAAUGAUGACAAUGGUCAAAAACAAAUAGUUUAUUGUGCGACACUUAUAUUCGUCAGAUGUUUACACGAAUAUUUAUCUGCUGUUGAAUCAGGUUCUGAGAGGACUUUUGUUUUAGUCGAAGCAUUUUGCAUUCCUUGUUUUCCAAAUGAAUCACUACCCAAAAGAAGUAGAGUUGAAGAAGAUUUAAAUCAACCUGCUCUUACUUCAUCAUCAAAUCUUUCUUCUAGCGUAUUACAUUCUUUUGUGAUUGCAGUUCGAUGUUGGGAUUUGCUUCAUCACAAUGAAUCUAUUGAAAGAGAAUUUUCGAGACUUAUGGUGCACUUAAAGCUAGAAUCCUUUUUAAAAAAUUUUCAACUCGAUUUAACUUUAUACAAGGGACAGUACGAACAAUUGAGAACACUUUUAAUGAACUCAAACGAAUGUGAUACUCAAGCUAGUUUACUCGCCAAAGAUUUAUUAUUAUUAUCGAGUUAUUAUUUCUCGCAGAAUUAUUCGCCAAUAAUAGAUAUAAUAUCGAAAGUUACCUCAUCGCUUCCCGAAUCGAAUUCUAACAAUGCCAACGAUGUUAAUUCCAAUUCACUUUCCAUAGCAACAAGACAAAGUAGGCACUUGCAUUAUUUACCAUUGACGAGAAUGAGCAUUUUACAAUACUGCGUCAAAAUAUUAUUGGCAGCUUUCAAGAGCAAAAAAAACGAAUUGACUCUGGGUCACAUUCUCGUUUUGAUACAAUUGGAUAAUCCGAUUGACGAAGAAACGUUACACGAAAUAAUAACGAGCAUACAAAAUCGUGGAGGAUUUUCUUAUCCAUUAUUCACAUCGUACAUUGUUAACGUUGAUAUAUUAGAACAGUUUGCCUAUUUGUCAAACGAUUUGGGUACUAAAAUAACAUUGGAUAUAUUGCCACCGAAUCAACAGCUACACAAUCAAAGGAGAAUGUCUACGAGAGGAGUUGAUAAAGGAGUUAAGGAAGAUAUAAGGACGGCUAUAAGGAGACAAGUAACGAGAUCAAACGAAGCCGUGGAUAAUUUAAUUAUCAAGUUUUUAUGCAGAGAAAGAGAAUUGAUUUAUCACAGUUUGGUCGAUUCCUAA